UUGCGUGUUUUUUUGUUUACUCUUCAUGCACAGAUAUGUUUGUACUUCUGUGCUCUUUCAUGCAGCCUUGCCUCAUUCGAAUUGUUGACUGCCAAUCGAUGUUUGAGGCGUGCUUGACGGGUUCAUGGCUGGAUGGUAGAACAGGAGUUUGGGAAACGUGUAUGAGAGCCCCCAUUCCGCUUUGAAAAAAAGAUUAUGUUUUAGUUGGAGAUGUAUGCAGCAUCUUCAGCUAUCGAGGAGAGAAAAAGAGAAAAGCAAGGUUGCAGAUGGUCGAAUGGCAGUUGAAGAUACAGCAUUAGGGUACGCAAACAAGCAGGCAAACGCACUAGAUUCUAACCACUUGAUUACUUUACAAUAUCCUUUUAACAGCGCUAGAGCAUUCUCGAGACUGCACGACUGUAAUCGGCACAUGCGCACGCACUGGAGAAUCAAGCCUUACAGCUGUCCUGAAUGCCAUCGCAAUUUUGUCAGACAGGAUGCAUUGACGCGACAUCUACGAUUGGACUUUGGCCACAACCGAUGCAGCGGAUACCCUGGCCCAUUACCAGGGGGUUCCUCCAACCAGGACAAAACGGAUGAGAGCGCAGACGACGCCAUGGGCGACUCUUCGACAGACACCCCAGGACAUUCCUACUCUGGACCAACAAGAAUGGAUGGUGGUAGCGCUGCAGCCAAGGCUGGUCCCUCGUACGCAACAACUACCUCUCCCACGUCUCCUUCCCUUCCAUCCCCUGGAGGACAUGUUCACCGCGCCCCACGCCCCGAUAACCAGGAUAUUGACACCCAUCGUCCUGUUGCGCCCGUCAUGCCGGCUCGCGACUCUCGUAUGCCCCCCAAGUCCACCUUGGGCCCCGAGACGGUUCAGGCUGGACCAGAACCUGUGGAGGAACGUGAACCGGUUCCACGUCGCGAUGCAGCGCCACACACAAGGUAUCCAAGCGCCAGCGCACCCAUCAGCUUUGUCCAUCGGAGUGCACCCGUAGAGCGCAGGGCAGUGACACCGCCUCAGGCCAAAGACAACCCUGCGUUCCUUUCGCAGCAUUCGCGCUCGUAUUCUCAUUCUUCCUUCACUCAUGCCCAAGCGACAGCCUCCGCUUCAGCAAUGUCUGGGACUCCUCCAACAUCUCAGUCGUCAGGCCCACCAUUGUCUAACGGCAUGUCGAGCCUGGAAAGGAGGAACCCUCCCACAAACACAAGAAAUGGGGGUCCUUGGCCUGCACAGGGACACGAAGCUGGCGCCUCAGCAGGAUAUUAUGAUCAGAAUCCGCCGUCGUCUCGCCCACCCCCUUCAGGUCCUGGCAUAAGUCGUCAUGAGGGGCCUUAUGGCCCAGAGUAUGACCGCCAGCGAACGGUCACAGUCGCACUACCACCGGAAUAUCCAUCCUCGCCCCAUGAUACAAAGCAUCAUUCACCUCCAGCACACUCUUCUGAAUGGGCUGCUCAAGAAGGCACCAGAUCAUGGAGCUGGGAACAUCGGGCAUCUGAGGCAAGACAUCGCCAAUCUACUUGGUCAUCUUCGUCGUCCAUCAAGGGUCCAGCGCCACCACAGCUUCCUCAGGAACAAGUCGCUCAUCCUUCCUCCAUGCCACCGCCACUUCGUGCCUCAACUAUGGAUUCAUGGCAGAAAGGCCCUUCACGAGAAGACGUCAUCUCGCGGGACGCUAGGGAAGGCCCCAGCUCUGGCCGUAUGCCUCCACGAUCCUCAUCGAGUUACUCCAACACUCCUUACGCCGAGGAACCUGCUUCAGAUAAUCACCCGCGACCCUUACCAGGACCCACCCAACCAAUGGCGCGACCAACGGAACCCUUUCGCCGUCCAGAACAGGAACGUGAUCCUCGUCAACGAUCCAUGACGGAGAUUGAUCGCAUUCGUGGACCAGGUGCAGCAUGGAGCGAGCAGCGAUCGCGGUCAUACCAUGAGCUAGAUACAAAUGUUGACCCCAGAUCCAGAUAUGAACAGCAUCCAAACAGUCCUCAGCAUGGGUGGGAUGGUGCCCCAGUCGGCCGAGCAUCUGCCGUAGAUGGACCCCCUCCGGCCCCCGAACGGUCUCAUUCUUAUAGUGGAGUGGUUGGAGUGGAGAGGAUGCAUCCUCAGGGCGCUCGCUAUCAUGACAGGAAUGUUUCAAGGGAUGCAGUAGUAAACUCGAAUGAUGCCAUAGCCCGUGAUUAUCGACCGACUCGACCUCACAGCACUAUGGAGUACGAAUCUGACCGAGACGCCUAUCACCGACAGCAACGAUACUCGGGGGAGCCAAAGCCGUUGCCGCGGGAACAAAGGCGGUCCAUGUCUCCAGUGCCCCCUCAUCGUCACGUGGGGGUGGACCCAGGAAGACCUUAUGAAGGAAAUCCACGGUAUUCUUAUCCUACAGAUCGAUCAGAGCAGUACAGUCGCGAGGAGACAGUGAAAAUGUCCUCUCGAUCAUUUCGGCACGAGGAAAGAUUGGUGAUGUCGCCAAUUUCUCGCGAGGACCAGGGCGGCUACUUUGGCGAGCCUGGUAGACCAAAUUCAUUCCGUGCUUCGCAAAACUAUCCAUCGGCUCCGCCGCGACUACAAGAUCCAUCACAUCGUCAGUCUGAUGUGCAGCGCGAACUCCCUCGUCGCGACAGACAUUCCGUCGACAUGCCACUAGCUUCGCCUACAUCUGCUGCAGGCGCGGCGUCGAAGCGGCCGAUGUCCACUGCCUCCGUUGCAUCUCGAUAAACAAGCUCAUUUUUUCAUUCUCACAUAUCUCAUAUACAUAUUUCUUUGGACCAGACGGACGACAUAAUAACUUAACAACAGCCUAAGCAUUGUUUCUCAUCAUUAUCACCAGUCGUAAUAAAACGUUUAUUGCUUGUUAAAAUAGUUGCGAUGAUUAAAGAUAAUAAGUUUUUAUACAUUGGUAGUGGUUGCCUAGAGCUACGACACGAUAUGGCUGCUGGCAGCCGUAUUUUCAAUGGAUGGUG